UCUGCGGCCCUGAAGAAAGGCCUGCGGCAGGACGAGGGCCUGAACCGGGAAUGCAGGAUGGCGGCGAUGAAGAAGGAAGGGGGUGCCCUGAGUGAAGCCAUGUCCUUGGAGGGAGAUGAGUGGGAGCUGAGUAAAGAAAAUGUCCAACCGCUAAGGCAGGGGCGGAUCAUGUCCACACUUCAGGGCGCAUUGGCGCAGCAAGAAUCUGCCUCUAACGCUACUCUUCAGCAGCAGAAACGGGCAUUUGAAUCUGAAAUUCGAUUUUACACUGGAAAUGACCCUCUGGAUGUUUGGGAUAGGUAUAUUAAUUGGACAGAGCAGAACUAUCCUCAGGGGGGGAAAGAGAGUAAUAUGUCAACAUUAUUAGAAAGAGCUGUUGAAGCACUACAAGGAGAAAAACGAUACUAUAAUGAUCCCCGAUUUCUUAGUCUCUGGCUUAAAUUGGGACGUUUAUGCAAUGAGCCUUUGGAUAUGUACAGUUAUUUACACAGCCAAGGGAUCGGUGUUUCACUUGCUCAGUUCUAUAUCUCAUGGGCUGAAGAAUAUGAAGCUAGAGAAAACUUUAAGAAAGCAGAUAAGAUAUUUCAGGAAGGGAUUCAACAGAAGGCCGAACCACUGGAACGACUGCAGUCACAGCACCGACAAUUCCAAGCUCGAGUGUCUCGGCAAACUGUUUUGGCACUUGAGAAAGAAGAGGAGGAGGAAGUUUUUGGAUCUUCUGUACCACAACGAAGCACACUGGCUGAACUAAAAAGCAAAGGAAAAAAGACAGCAAGAGCUCCAAUCAGCCGUGUAGGAGGUGCUCUUAAGGCUCCAAACCAGAACAGAGGACUCCAAAAUCCAGUUCCUCAACAGAUGCAAAGUAAUUCCAGAAUUACUAUUUUUGAUGAAAAUGCUGAUGAGGCUUCUAGAGCAGAGUUGUCUAAGCCUACAGUUCAGCCAUGGAUAGCACCCCCUGUGUCCAGGGCCAAAGAGAACGAGCUGCAGCCAGGCCCUUGGAACACAGGCAGGCCUUUGGAAUACAGGCCUCAUGGUGGUACAGCUUCUGUGACCACUAUACCCUCUCUGCUUCCCAGUUUUACUCCAUAUGUUGAAGAAACUGCACAACAGCCAGUGAUGACACCAUGUAAAAUUGAACCUAGUAUAAACCACAUUCUAAGCACAAGGAAGCCUGGAAAGGAAGAAGGAGAUCCUCUGCAAAGAGUUCAAAGCCAUCAGCAAGAGUCUCAGGAGAAGAAAGAGAAGAUGAUGUAUUGUAAGGAAAAGAUUUAUGCCGGAGUCGGGGAGUUUUCCUUUGAAGAGAUCCGGGCUGAAGUUUUCCGGAAGAAAUUAAAAGAGCGAAGGGAAGCUGAGCUACUGACCAGUGCGGAGAAGAGAGCAGAAAUGCAGAAACAGAUUGAAGAGAUGGAGAAGAAGCUGAAAGAAAUUCAAACUACUCAGCGAGAAAGAAUGGGUGAUCAGCAAGAAGAGAAGAUGCCUACAAAGGAGACAGCUGAACUGCAAAUUGCUUCAGAGUCUCAGGAAAUACCAGGAAUGGCUCUAUCCAAUUCUGUUUGUCCAGUAAACUCUUGUGCCAGGGAGACUUCACUUGCAGAAAACUUUUGGCAAGAACCUCAUUCUAAAGGUCCCAGUAUGCCUUUCUCCAUUUUUGAUGAGUUUCUUCUUUCAGACAAAAAAAAUACCAGUCAUCCUGCAGAUCCCCCACGGGUUUUAGCCCAACGAAGACCCUUUGCAAUUCUCAAAACUUCAGAAAGCAUCAACUCAAAUGAGGAUGUGUCUCCAGAUGUUUGUGAUGAAUUUACAGGAAUUGAGCCCUUGAGUGAGGAUGCUAUUAUCACAGGUUUCAGGAAUGUAACUAUAUGUCCUAACCCAGAAGACACUUGUGACUUCGCCAGAGCAGCUCGUUUUGUAUCCACUCCUUUUCAUGAGAUAGUGUCCUUGAAGGAUCUCCCUUCUGAUCCUGAGAGACUGCUGCAGGAGGAGGAUCUAGAUGUGAAGAUCUCUGAGGACCAGCAGACUGCUUGUGGCACCAUCUACAAUCCAACUCUCAGCGUCAAGAAGCUCAGCCCAAUUAUUGAAGACAGCCGCGAAGCCACACACUCCUCUGGGCUCUCAGGGUCUUCUGCCUCAGUUACAAGUUCCUCCUCCAUCAGAUGUCUUCAAAUUCCUGAGAAACUGGAGCUUACUAAUGAGACUGCAGACAACCCUACUCAGUCACCCUGGUGUCCACAGUAUCGCAGACAACUACUAAAAUCUCUAAUGGAGCUGAGGGCCUCUGCAGAGUUUUUUAUAGAAGAUAGACCAAUGCCUAAGUUGGAAAUAGAAAAGGAAAUUGAAUUGGGUAAUGAAGAUUAUUGCAUUAAACAAGAAUACCUAAUAUGUGAAGAUUACAGAUUAUUCUGGGUGACACCAAGAAACUCUGCAGAGUUAACCAUAAUAAAGGUAUCAGCUCACACUGUCCCAUGGGACUUUUAUAUCAACCUCAAGUUAAAGGAACGUUUAAAUGAGGAGUAUGAUCAUCUGUGCAGCUGUUACCAGUACCAAGAUGGUUGUAUUGUUUGGCACCAGUAUAUAAACUGCUUCACCCUUCAGGAUCUUCUUGAACACAGUGAACUUAUUACCCAUGAAAUAAUAAUGUUGGUUAUUUAUAACCUUUUGACAAUAGUGGAGAAAUUACACAGAGCAGAAAUAAUCCAUGGUGACUUGAGUCCAAGGAGUCUGAUUCUUAGAAACAGAAUCCACGAUCCCUAUGAUUAUAAUAAGAACGAUCAAGCUUUGAAGAUAGUGGACUUUUCCUACAGUGUUGACCUCAGGGUGCAGCCUGAUGUUUUUAUCCUCAGUGGCUUUCGGACUGUACACAUCCUGGAAGGACAAAAGAUCCUGGCUAACUGUUCUUCUCCCUACCAGGUAGAUCUGUUUGGUAUAGCAGAUUUAGCACAUUUACUAUUGUUCAAGGAACACCUACAGGUCUUCUGGGAUGGGUCCCUCUGGAAACUUAGCCAAAAUAUUUCUGAGCUAAAAGAUGGUGAAUUGUGGAGUAAAUUCUUUGUACGGAUUCUGAAUGCCAGUGAUGAGUCCACAGUGUCUGUUCUGAGGGAACUUGGAGCAGCAAUGAGUGGGGUGUUUGACACCACGUUCCAAAAUCACCUGAACAAAGCUUUGUGGAAGGUAGGGAAGUUAAUCAGUCCUGGGGCUUUGCUCUUUCAGCAGGAUAGGCAACCAAAUCUCUCACAGAUUCCUGCCUAAAACCAAUGGUUGUAUUGUGGAACACUGGACCUGUGUAUGCUAUAAUUCAGUUUAGGACAUGUUUAGAUACACUACCAACACAUUGCUACUUUUUAGUAAAGAUAUAGUUCUAGGUAACUGGCAUUUUCUGCAUAGCGCUGUAUCUAUCCUUGGCCUUGUCUAACUAACAAAGAAGUGUUUUAUUCUUAAUGGACUCCAUAUGAAUGGGUACCUUAUUGUCAUUUAACACAUUUGUCUCUACUUUUCCCUGUACAUUUUUCUUUUGUAAUUUGUGACAUGUGCCCUUACGAUCACUAUGUAUUUUUUUUUGAUCACUAUGUAUUU